AUGUCAUCCCAAACUCGAGGGGGCAUACAGCACAGUGAAGGUGUGGCAAAGGAGAAACGAAAGCCCGUACGCCGCGAUCCGGAGAAGAGACGACAACAGAAUAUCAAGGCCCAAAAGCGAUAUAGAGAAAAGCUCCGUGAGCGCCUCAGUCAUCUCGAGGCACUCGAAGCCACACAGCAUGCCUCUUUCGAAGAAACACUAGCUGUGAGAACCGCUACUCCUCUGUUGAAUAUAAACAAAGGCACGCAAAUUGCGCCGUCUUUUGUUGCUGCAGAAGAUUUAUCAAUCAAUGAGCCUUGGGAUAUACAUAGUGUCAGUCAGUCCUCCGGGACCCAGGAUUUUAAUCACAUUGUCCCACAGUUUGAAGAUACCUGGUCUGCAUUUAGCACAUGGGGCUCCACGGCAGAUAUCUCACAGUCCGAUGGGACCUCAUCAGUGCCGAGCAUAUGGGAUUCUACAAACCUUACUUCACAAUCGGAAACUGAUACACCACCAUCACUAACCCUAUGGGACACCACCGCAUUAUUUUUACGGCAAUCCAACACCAAAUCUUUAACAGACUCGUCUAACUCCACCACAAUUGCCCAGGUUGACCCUUCUAAUGUGAUGUGUGAGAAACAAGAUGACGGUUCAGAUCCAUGCUGGACAACGAAUAUAGAUUGUGGUUGUCCAAGUCCACACAUCCAAAUACGAACUCAAGGCCCGGAUCCAUUUACAUUGAAGGGUCUCCGAGUUCUGAGUUUCACGCCAACUCAACGUCUAGCAGAUCCAUACGUCAAUACCCUGCGUCUCGAAACGGUGUGCACAAUCGCAGCAUUAUUCAAUCUAGGGAUGCACAUCGGCAUUACCGAAGAGAUGAUAUGUGCUGAGAAUUGUCGCUCGCCCUUUUACCGUUCGGGUGUCAAGUCCGAUCCUCAAGUCGAAGCAAAUACGAUUGGCAGUGUGAAGAGUAUCUUCAAGGCGCUCAAGCCGGAUCUGAGGCCGAGCAGUGAGCAGAUCACCGUGGAGCAUCACCCAUAUAUUGAUAUUCUUCCGUUCCCGACACUUAGGAAGAACAUUAUCAGACAACAACAUCUGGAAGAAUUUGACGAGGAUCAGUUCUUUCUCGAUCUUCUAGCGGGUUUGGUAUGUUGGGGAGGUGCGGGUGUAGGGAAGAAAGAUCGAGAUCUGUCCACUGGGUUUGCAUCGACUGGUACACCAUGGGAUGUCCGCAGCUGGGAAGCUAAGCUGUGGUUUUUGAAGAAGUAUUGGGAUCUACUCGGCGGAGAAGAUGGUGAGCUUGUUCGGCAAAGUGAGUGGUGGCGUGGUAUUAGAGGCGAGGAUACACCGACAGAACUUGAAGUAUAG